AGCUCAUUCCUUAAUUAAGUGUUAGAUUGGCCGGACGUUAUUGCCGUGUAAUUUAUUAGAGUGUUAAGUGAAGUUGCACAUUGCGAUUAAUAUAUAUUAUAUUUUAGUACAUUUUGAAAAGGGAACAAGUAAUUAAUAAAGAUGUCGAAAGCACCUGCAGUUGGUAUUGAUUUGGGUACUACCUAUUCUUGCGUAGGUGUAUUCCAACAUGGUAAAGUUGAAAUUAUUGCCAACGAUCAGGGUAAUCGUACCACACCAUCAUAUGUUGCCUUCACUGAAACUGAGCGUCUUAUUGGUGAUGCAGCUAAAAAUCAAGUUGCCAUGAAUCCAACUAACACCAUUUUCGAUGCUAAGCGUUUGAUUGGUCGUAAAUUUGAUGAUUCUGCUGUACAAUCAGAUAUGAAACAUUGGCCAUUCGAAGUUGUAAAUGUAGAUGGCAAGCCCAAAAUUCAAGUUAUCUAUAAGGAUGAAAAGAAAACCUUCUUCCCAGAAGAGAUUUCAUCCAUGGUCUUGACCAAAAUGAAGGAAACCGCUGAAGCUUAUUUGGGCAAAACUGUAACUAAUGCAGUUAUUACAGUACCAGCUUAUUUCAACGAUUCUCAACGUCAAGCUACGAAAGAUGCUGGCACUAUUGCUGGUUUGAACGUUCUUCGCAUCAUUAACGAACCUACUGCCGCUGCUAUCGCCUACGGUUUAGAUAAGAAAACUGCUGGUGAACGUAACGUAUUAAUCUUUGAUUUGGGUGGUGGUACUUUUGAUGUGUCCAUUCUUUCCAUCGACGACGGUAUAUUCGAGGUCAAGUCUACUGCUGGUGACACCCAUUUGGGUGGUGAAGAUUUUGAUAAUCGCCUAGUCACUCACUUUGUUCAGGAAUUCAAGCGUAAGCACAAGAAAGAUCUUACUUCCAAUAAGCGCGCUUUACGUCGUUUACGUACUGCUUGCGAGCGUGCAAAACGUACUUUAUCUUCUUCAACUCAAGCAAGUAUUGAAAUUGAUUCACUUUUCGAGGGUACCGAUUUCUAUACAUCGAUCACACGUGCACGUUUUGAAGAACUCAACGCUGAUUUGUUCCGUAGCACAAUGGAUCCAGUUGAAAAAGCCUUACGUGAUGCUAAGCUUGAUAAAUCGGUUAUCCAUGAUAUUGUAUUAGUUGGAGGUUCCACCCGUAUACCCAAGGUGCAACGUUUAUUACAAGAUUUGUUCAAUGGCAAGGAAUUGAACAAGUCUAUAAAUCCUGAUGAGGCUGUUGCUUAUGGUGCAGCCGUUCAAGCUGCUAUUUUGCAUGGUGAUAAGUCGCAAGAAGUUCAAGACUUACUCUUGCUUGAUGUAACCCCACUUUCGUUGGGUAUUGAAACUGCUGGUGGUGUCAUGAGCGUACUUAUUAAGCGCAAUACUACCAUUCCAACAAAGCAAACUCAAACAUUCACUACAUAUUCUGAUAAUCAACCUGGUGUGUUAAUUCAAGUUUAUGAAGGUGAACGCGCUAUGACCAAGGAUAAUAAUUUACUUGGUAAGUUCGAGCUUUCGGGCAUUCCACCAGCACCACGCGGUGUUCCACAAAUUGAGGUGACAUUCGAUAUUGACGCUAACGGUAUCUUGAAUGUGACUGCUCUUGAACGCUCUACCAACAAGGAAAACAAGAUUACCAUUACCAACGACAAGGGCCGUUUGUCAAAGGAAGAUAUAGAACGCAUGGUCAAUGAAGCUGAAAAAUACCGCAGUGAGGACGAAAAACAAAAGGAAACUAUUUCUGCUAAAAACGCAUUAGAGUCAUACUGUUUCAACAUGAAGGCCACUUUAGAUGAAGACAGUUUGAAGGGUAAAAUUUCAGAUUCUGAACGUACUACAAUUCUUGACAAAUGUAAUGAGACAAUUAAAUGGUUGGAUGCCAAUCAACUCGCCGAUAAGGAAGAAUAUGUUCAUCGUCAAAAGGAAUUGGAAUCUGUUUGCAAUCCAAUCAUUACCAAGUUAUACCAAGGUGCUGGUGGUCCUCCAGGUGGCAUGCCCGGUGGUAUGCCAGGCGCUGGUGCUGCCCCAGGUGCUGGUGCAGGUGCCGGACCAACCAUCGAAGAAGUUGAUUAAACGAAUACACCAAAAUCCUUUAUUAAUAAAACAAAAGUUUUUUUAUUUUUUUUUUUUUAUUAAAUUGAUUUGUUCAUUACUUUAUUGCUUUUAAGAAUAUUGCAUUAAUAAAACAAAACGAAUAAAAGCUACGUUCAUUUAAUAAAAAAUACA